AAGUCCGCGAUCGCGGCUGUAAAUUAGAUGUUGUAAGCAAUUUUCUCCACAAGUGAAUCAAAUUCAUUUGAGAGAGAGAAAAAAAGGAAAAUAAUGUCAAAGAAAUUGAAAAAGAAACCAGUUAAGACUUGGAACUGUGAGGAAGUAAAGGAAUGGCUUGUUGGUGAAGGUUUUACCCAGUAUUCUAAAACUCUCUGUGAUACCCACAAAAUAGAUGGCCAGGUCCUGCUGUCCUUAACAGAAAAUGAUCUCAAACAACCCCCACUGCAGCUGUCUGUUCUCGGAGAUAUCAAACGGUUGAUGAUCCGUAUUAAUACUCUUCGUGGUAAGACUCCUGCAUCAGAGAACCAACCGUCUUCCUGUCAGGACAAUUCGAGUGAAGAAGACGUGUUCACAGGAACUCAGGACUUCAUAACUCAAAAAAAGAAUGUGCAUCUUUCUCAAUAUUUAGAUUCUGAGAUCUGGAAAACUGUUCUAAGCUUUAUAUAUGUAUUUACUGUAUUUUUGAUCACUUCCUUUGUAAUGGUGAUUGUCCACGAACGAGUGCCAGAUGUGGAGAAAUAUCCACCACUACCGGAUAUUUUUCUGGAUAAUGUGCCAUUCAUACCUUGGGCAUUUCAAGCUACAGAAAUAAUUGGUAUGGGUUUAGGUGCAACAUGGUUCACAAUCCUCUUCUUUCAUAAACACAGAUUCAUCUUGAUGAGAAGAAUGUUUUCGUUGCUGGGAACACUUUUCCUACUGCGCAGUGUCUGCAUGCUUAUUACCUCACUUUCUGUACCAAGUAAACAUUUAGCUUGUGAGAAAAAGUCAUAUGGAGACAUCUGGGCCAAGCUAGGGAGGGCAUUUGAGAUUUGGUCUGGCCUGGGAAUGACCUCUACUGGUGUCAGGACCUGUGGGGACUACAUGUUCAGUGGACAUACAGUUGUCCUUACCAUGCUUAACUUUUUCAUCACAGAGUAUACUCCAAGAAAACUGUACUACCUGCAUACUUGCAGCUGGAUGGCCAACAUGUUUGGAGUGUUUCUGAUCCUAGCAGCACAUGAACACUACUCCAUUGAUGUAUUUGUGGCAUUCUACCUCACCUCAAGGCUGUUUUUAUAUUACCACACACUGGCAAACAAUCGGUCACUCAUGGAACGUGACAAGGGAAGAAGACGAUUUUGGUUCCCGCUCUUUUCAUUCUUUGAGUCCAAAUGUGAUGGAGUGGUUCCAAACGAGUAUGAAUGGCCAAUUCCUAGAUUUAUAGAAAGUGUAAAGAACACAUUUGGCUACAUAACUCCUCUGAAACCAAAACAAAGAUGACUUAGUGCAGAAAUACUCAGGCCUUGUUCAUUCUUUCCUAUGAAAAGUGUGUGAAUUUGUUUUGUGUGUUAUCCUUGCAGAGGAUAUGUAAUGAUUUAUAACUUUGUGUGCCAGUGCUUAAGUGUUCGUAUUUAAACAGGUUCAUAAUGAGAAUUUUUGUAAAAGUUGAACUUUUCUCAAAGUUCCUCAAGAAUAUUUUGUACCAGCUAGUACAUAAGAUAUUGACCAUGCUUUCUAAAUGUUAAUGGAUAUUGGAUGAUGUUUUGCUAUUAAUUGUUUACAUUAGCACAAGCAUAUAUAUUUUGAUGUGCCAUAUAUUUUUUUAUCAUAAGUGCUUAAGAAUUUGUGAUACAAAAAUUGGUUUUAAAUGUGAAUCUGAGUCAUAGACUUGAUUGAUAUUUUUUUGGACGAGAAAAUUGUGUUUACCACAAUAGUUUUAUGCCAAGUUGGCAAAAAUAUUUCUUUAGAUGAUAGAACUCAUUUUGUCCUUUGGAUUUAGAUUGUCCAUUUCAUGUUUACAAUAUUUUGCAAUUUUUCAAAGAUAUGGAAUUUCCUUAUAAAUAAACACCCAGAGCUAUGCAUUGUGAAACAAGGUAAUGCGUACCCUGUAACGCAUCUAAUAAAAAACAGCAUACAUGUAA